AUGAAAGGCUCCAGGCCAAGUUGGUUGAGUGCGGAGCUCCACAAGCAGAUGAUGGACAUUGUUUCUAAUGAUCCAACUUACAAGGACAGGUCGGCGCAGAACCAGAAGAACAGAAGGGGUGGUUCUAUGGAAAAUCCCGUCCGAGGGACCCACUUUCAGGGUUCGUUGGUAGCUACCCAACAUGCAAAAAGGAUGACACACUACAAGGAGCUACCUGGGAAAGGCACAGUGCCAGUAAACCCCACAGCUCAGCAAAUUGCGGAGUCAUACCAAAAGAGGCUUGAGGCGGCCAUCACUCAAAGGACUCAGAAGAGUCCGAAUGAUCUGUACUGGGAGACAGUGGGUGGUUUGAACAAAAAAGGACGUGUGAAGGGACUAGGCGAAAGUGCUGACAUGUACUAUGGCAGCCAGAUAGUUCGCCGACUUUCCACCUCUUCUAUGCGGUACACGCCCUCCUUGGUUUCUCAGAUGCAGGAUUAG